AUGCCCGCCGUCACGCGCUCGGCCAGUGGAGCUACCACCAGGACGGCCGCAAAGACUCGGAAGGCUGCAACGACAAGCUCGUCAGAUUCAGCAAAGGCAGUGAAAGUGAAGAGUACGAAGAGAAAGGUUGCACCCUCUACCGAGAAGACGUCCAGGAAGAAGACAAAAUCAAAGGAAGCAAGUGAGGACGAGCCUUCGCCACCUAAGCAACCCAAAGCUGUCGUCAAACUAGUCGCUCUGCCACUGAGUAACGCUGCUGAGGAUGCACCAACUCUGGUCCCUGCCGUACUCACGUUCUCGUUUGAGGAGGCUAAACAGCACCUAAUCGGGGUGGACGGACGCUUUGAGGACGUCUUCAAGCGCUUGAAAUGCAGGCCUUUCGAACACCUAGAAAGUGUCGAUCCGUUCCGGACCCUGGUAAACUCGAUCAUGCAAGUCGCCGUUGUGGGGCAACAAAUCUCCUGGAAAGCUGCCAGGUCGAUUACCCACAAAUUCAUCAGGCUAUUCGACCCGUCAAUCCCAGAGGACCCAACAGAUCACUCCGGUCCCACGUCAUUCUUCCCUUGUGCCAGACAGGUCGCCGACAUGGACAUCACAACACUCAGGAGCGCAGGUCUGAGCGGCAGGAAAGCCGAAUACGUGCUCGAUUUGGCGUCGAGAUUCGCUGAUGGUCGUUUGUCGACAGAGAAGUUGCUCGCUGCAGACGAUGAAGAUCUGUACGAGAUGCUUACGGCUGUGCGGGGCAUCGGCAGGUGGACGGUUGAUAUGUUCGCGAUGUUCUCCUUGCGACGCCCAGACAUUCUGCCUGUCGGUGAUCUUGGGGUACAACGCGGGGUGCUCCGCUGGUUCCUGUCGUUGCAUGCACCUACCGCAUAUCCGCUCACUAUCUCUCCCGAGAAGUUACCGAAGAAUCCGGAAGAAGAAGCAAAGACCAAGAAGAGCCAGGUCGACGGGGAUGUCCUACCUGUACCCAGGGAGGACGCUGCAGGCAGCCAGAGUCAGACCCGCGCGCUGACUCCUGAUUUGUCUUCAAUGCUACCCGCGCCCUCCGCGCUCCCCGAGACACCCGUUGAAAAGGGCGCCACGAAGGGCAAGAGCCAAGCCCGGCCCAACGAUGAGGACAGCGGCAAUCCUCUCCCAACGCCUUUUACGCCGUCUAUCAACAACAUCUUGAACAAAGCUGCGACUGCGGCUGACUUCGCGCCGCCGCCCCUGCCUGAGGGCCUGACAGCCGGGGUACUACGGAGUAGACUGCAAGGAAAGAAGAUGAAGGGCGUGCUGUUGACACCGAAGGAAAUGGAGGAGCUCACAGAUGGUUGGCGCCCAUAUCGUAGCCUCGGUGUAUUCUACAUGUGGGCAUUGGCGGAAUCGCCCAAGUAG